GGUCUCCAUUUCUGAUUGUUGCUAAAGAAAAAAACAAUUAAAACUAUGGCGACGGCGUUGAUGCGAUCUAGUCUUCGGAACGCUCUUCGAGGCGGCGGCCCAAAGCCAUCCGCUCCUCUUCAGAGGCGCUUCUCGUCUUCUCCUCACCAUGACGUUGCUUAUGAAGCAGCAGAAGCAUCAAAAUGGGAGAAGAUUACUUAUGUAGCGAUUGCUUCGUGUACAAUCUUAGCAAUUUAUAACCUAUCAAAGGGUCACCCCCACUACGAAGAACCCCCUGCAUACCCUUUUCUGCACAUUCGCAACAAGGAGUUUCCGUGGGGACCCGAUGGGCUAUUUGAGAGCAAGCCCCACCACUAAUGAAUUCAUGGUCAAUUGAAUGAAGAUAUCAUAAAAACCAUCUUUUUACAAUCUUGCCAGAAAUUAGAUUACUCUUGCUGUUGUGGGAAUUUGAUCUUGGUGAUUGCAGUUUGCAUUCUUGUAUUCUGGAUUUUGCUACUUUGCACAAGGCAAGUUGCUUAGUUCUUGUGUACUGUUUUGUUAUUUACUGUGAAUUGUUGGCUGCUUAAUAAAAUGCAAAAAUUGAUUUGGGAUU